CAGCCGCCUCACCUCAAACGCUCGCUCUCAUUUCACUCCAACGGCGACGGCACCAGCAGCCUGCGGCGAAGUCUCUGUCUCUGUCUCUUCAACCUCUACGGCCGUCUCGACGGAACUCACCUUCUACGAAUUGAUCUAAAUCGGUCCAAUACCCAUUCAGAUUUCUCCACUAAAACCCUCCCUUAAGCCCUUCCGUUCAUCCCUCUCCGCCCAAUGCUACGCUUCUACCACUCCCCUACUCUCUCAAGAGUCCUCCUCCUCCGGCGGUUUUCCUCCGCUGCCACCGCCACCGCUCCACCCCUCGAUUCCGAUCCCGAACCUUCAUUUUCGUACUUGGAGGGUUUUCCGAGGCCAGAUCCGAAGUUCGCCGAGACAAUCCUCGCCAUUCCGCGCUCCAUCUCCGGAAAAAACAUUUCCGUUAAAGAGCGCAAGGUUGGCCGCACUCCAAGCAUCGUGUUCGAGCAAGAGGACGGUCAGCAUGGCGGAAAUAAGCGUCUCAUAUCUGUACGGACUAAUCAAGUUAGGAAGCUUGUAAAUCAUCUAGGUCGCUCUUUCUUCCUCUCCAGGCUUUUUGAUCUCGAAGUUCGGUCCGAGUUCGAAUCCGGGGAUAUUGUUGAGAAGGUUCGGGUUUUACCUCGGAAGAUUCAUCUUCAUGCGGGAACAGAUGCACCACUUAAUGUUACUUUCAUAAGGGCACCUUCACACGCUUUAUUAAAAGUUGAUGUACCUCUUGUUUUCCGAGGGGAAGAUGUAUGUCCUGGAUUGAGGAAAGGUACUGCUGCAAGACUAAGUUCCUUU